AUGACGUGUAUUAUAUCCAGUCACCACUGCAAUUGGUCACUUGGAGGAGCAUUAUUACAGGAACAUAUUCUUUGCAGAGGAAGAUUUUAUAGCAACAAGGUUCCAUGUCCAGGAGAUUAUGGUCUUCCUUGCAGAGGAUUAAUUUUCUCUACUCCUCAAUCCCUUCCCAGCGGUUGUUGUUUUCGCCCAAGUACAUGGAAAUAUAGGCCUGUUUUUUCCAGUACAGUUGAUGAUCACCGUGAUCCAGAUGACCCGGAAGAAGAUGGGGCCAGUGACAAGGAUUCUGCCAAAGACGAAUCUGGAGGGAUCGAUAGCGAAUUGCUAAGAGAGAAUCUUGAAAGAAUUGUUGGGUCAGAUGAUUCCACCUUCAGUGGAAUAGACCUUGCAACUCUGAUUAGGAACAAGUACGGGAGGUCUUAUGAUGUUCAGUUAAUAAAGAAGGAGUUCAUGGGUAGAAAUCUCCUUGCUUUGAAUGUCAUGUGGAAGUACAGGGAGCAGAGAUCUUUUCCACUAACUGAAGAAGAGUAUCUAUUGAGGCUUGAUGAUGUGGCAAACACAUUGAAAUGCUGGGGAGCUGUUUCCCAUAUCAGAAAUAGCUUAGAGAAGUCGAAAGAGAGGCCUCGGAUAGGGAAGGCAGUCAGCAUUUUCAUAGACAUGGAUGAGUCUGGAGGCCGAGCAAAUGAAUGGAUUUACAAGGUUACAUAUAUCGAAGAAGAAGGGUUGAGUGAUGAUUAUCAUCGUUACUCACCGUUGUCAAAGACAGAAUCGAGCAAAGCAAAACCCAAACCAAAAACCCUUUACUACAUAGCCUCCGCCCUCUCCUCUUUACAGAAAGAAGAGCAAAAAAGUAAAGGAAGGAUGGCACAGUCACUUGAAUUGCUGUUGAUUCAAUUCUUGAUGCCGGACAACGAUGCCAGAAGGCAAGCUGAGGAGCAAAUUAAGAGGUUGGCCAAAGAUCCUCAAGUGGUCCCCGCCCUUGUUCAGCACCUUCGCACCGCCAAAACUCCCAAUGUCCGCCAACUCGCCGCCGUCCUUCUCCGCAAGAAGAUCACUGGACACUGGGCUAAACUCUCUCCUCCACUCAAACUCCUUGUCAAACAGUCUCUCAUUGAAAGCAUCACCAUGGAACACAGUCCUCCAGUAAGGAGAGCGAGUGCGAAUGUGGUGAGUAUCAUUGCGAAAUACGCAGUUCCGGCUGGAGAAUGGCCUGAUUUAAUGCCCUUUUUGUUUCAAUGUAGUCAAAGUGCACAGGAUGAUCACAGAGAAGUGGCAUUGAUCCUUUUCAGCUCCUUAACUGAAACUAUUGGGAAUGCAUUUCAACCUCAUUUCGCAGAUUUGCAAGCUCUUUUGCUCAAGUGCCUGCAGGAUGACACUAGCAACCGUGUUAGAGUUGCUGCUCUCAAGGCAGUGGGAUCUUUUCUCGAAUUUACAAAUGAUGGGGAUGAAGUGGUCAAAUUUCGCCAGUUCAUUCCCAGCAUUUUAAAUGUGGCUAGACAGUGCCUUUCAUCCGGUGAUGAGGAUGUUGCAAUAAUUGCCUUUGAAAUCUUUGAUGAGCUGAUUGAAUCUCCUGCACCUCUUCUUGGAGAUUCUGUUAAAUCCAUUGUGCAGUUUUCUCUUGAAGUUUGCUCUAGUCAAAAUCUGGAAUCCAAUACCCGUCAUCAGGCUAUUCAGAUAAUUUCAUGGCUGGCAAAGUACAAGUACAGUUCCCUGAAAAAGUAUAAGUUGGUCAUCCCAAUUCUGCAAGUGAUGUGCCCCUUGCUUGCAGAAUCAACUGAUCCUGAUGAAGAUGAUGACCUUGCUCCUGAUCGAGCUGCUGCAGAAGUUAUUGACACUAUGGCUUUGAACCUCUCAAAACAUGUCUUCCACCCUGUCUUUGAGUUUGCUUCUUUAAGCAGUCAGAGUGCAAACCCAAAGUUCCGGGAAGCUUCUGUUACAGCUUUAGGUGUUGUUUCAGAGGGUUGUCUGGAGUUGAUGAAAGAUAAAUUGGAGCCCAUUCUUCAUAUUGUCUUAGGGGCUUUGAGUGAUCCUGAACAAAUGGUUAGAGGGGCUGCAUCAUUUGCAUUGGGUCAAUUUGCCGAGCAUUUACAGCCUGAAAUUGUGUCUCACUAUGAAAGUGUUCUUCCCUGCAUUUUAAAUGCUCUUGAGGAUGCAUCUGAUGAAGUAAAGGAAAAGUCAUACUAUGCUUUAGCGGCAUUUUGUGAGGACAUGGGUGAAGAAAUUCUUCCUUUCCUCGAUCCUUUGAUGGGGAAGCUACUUUCAGCCCUCCAAAAUAGCCCUCGUAAUUUGCAGGAGACAUGCAUGUCUGCAAUUGGUUCAGUUGCAUCUGCUGCUGAGCAAGCUUUCAUUCCUUAUGCUGAAAGGGUUCUCGAGUUAAUGAAAUCCUUCAUGGUGCUUACCAAUGAUGAGGAUCUCCGAUCACGAGCAAGGGCUACUGAGCUUGUUGGAAUAGUUGCCAUGUCUUCCGGGAGAGCGAGGAUGGAAGCGAUUCUACCCCCUUUCAUGGAAGCCGCAAUUUCUGGUUUUGGAUUGGAGUUCAGUGAGCUUCGGGAGUAUACUCAUGGAUUCUUUAGCAAUGUAGCAGAAAUAAUGGAUGAUAGCUUUACACAGUAUCUUCCUCGUGUUGUACCCCUGGCAUUCGCUUCCUGCAAUCUGGAUGAUGGUUCUGCGGUGGACGUCAUUGAAUCUGAUGAUGAAAAUAUCAAUGGAUUUGGUGGAGUCUCAUCUGAUGAUGAAGCUCAUGAUGAGCCAAGAGUUCGGAAUAUCAGUGUAAGGACAGGAGUGUUGGAUGAAAAGGCAGCUGCAACUCAAGCUAUUGGCUUAUUUGCACUUCACACAAAGGGUUCUUAUGCUCCCUAUUUGGAGGAGACAUUAAAGAUUCUGGUGAGACAUUCAGGUUAUUUCCAUGAAGAUGUUCGGCUUCAAGCUAUCAUUGCUUUGAAAUCUAUUCUGACUGCAGCACAUGCAAUCUUCCAGAGUCAAAAUGAUGGACCGGCUAAAGCAAGAGAAAUGCUUGAUACUGUGAUGGAUAUUUACAUCAAGACUAUGACUGGAGAUGAUGACAAGGAAGUAGUUGCUCAAGCUUGUAUGAGUGUGGCAGACAUCAUUAAGGAUUAUGGUUUCGCAGCUAUUGAACCUUAUAUGUCUCGGCUUGUUGAUGCAACUUUGGUAUUGCUUAAAGAGGAGUCAGCUUGUCAGCAAUUGGAAGAUGAUAGUGAUAUGGAUGAUGAUGAUACCGAACAUGAUGAAUUGCUUAUGGAUGCUGUUUCUGACCUUCUUCCUGCAUUUGCAAAGUCCAUGGGUUCUCAUUUUGCACCCAUCUUUGCAAACCUAUUCGAGCCUUUGAUGAAAUUUGCGAAAGCUUCACGCCCUCUGCAAGAUCGAACUAUGGUGGUUGCUUGCCUUGCAGAAGUUGCUCAGGACAUGGGUGCUCCAAUUGCGGGUUAUGUUGAUAGGGUGAUGCCCUUGGCAAUCAAAGAACUCGCAUCAUCAGAUGCAACUAACAGGAGGAAUGCUGCAUUUUGUGUUGGAGAAUUGUGCAAAAAUGGGGGCGAGUCAACUAUAAAAUAUUAUGGUGAUAUAUUGCGUGGACUCUUCCCAUUAUUUGGAGAGUCAGAGCCAGAUGAUGCCGUCAGGGAUAAUGCAGCUGGUGCAGUUGCAAGGAUGAUAAUGGCUCAUCCCCAGUCUGUCCCGUUAAAUCAGGUUCUUCCUGUUUUCCUGAAAGUUCUUCCAUUAAAAGAAGAUCAUGAAGAGUCCAUGCCUGUCUACAGUUGUAUCUCUACUCUCGUUUUGGCAUCCAAUCAACAGAUCCUUGCACAUGUUCCAGAGUUGGUCAAUCUUUUUGCUCAGGUUGUGGUUUCUCCAGUUGAAACUCCUGAAGUCAAGGCUCAAGUAGGAAGAGCUUUUGCACACCUGCUUUCACUCUAUGGCCAUCAAAUGCAACCUCUAUUGAGUAACCUAUCGCCUGCACAUGCUAGUGCUUUAGCUGCAUUUGCCCCCAAAAGCUGA